AUGAGCCCAAAGAAUGAGCUCGACUCAAAGCAUAGCAUUGCCUGCAUGAUCUUUAAGGCAUUGUCAUCGCAGUGGGACAAGUUCACCAGCGACCACAUCGAUCUCACUCUCCUGACCGAACAAGACAUUGGUGAGAUCCAGGUCCUCCUAUCCUUCACCCUUGACUUCCUCAACCAACAUUCUGACGACAUCAAGGACUUUGAGAUCGCAAGGGAAUCCCUCAAUUGCAAGGAUGAAUACCCAUCGAUAUACAAGAAACUCGACGAAAUCUGCAACCUCAUCCAACAGUGCAUCGCCUCCCGCCUCCUGUCGGAACUAGACAAACCCCUCAUUGCCCAGCUGCACAGAUUCGUCUCCAUCACCUUCGACAUCCAGAGGCACAUCUUCCAGUACUCUGAUUUGUGA